ACUCUAGAAAUUCCACAGAUUCCUGCAAGCCACCGAUCAGAAAGGACUGUCAUCGCAUUGAAAAAAAUCAAGGAUAAAAUAUAGUACCAUUAGAAAAUUAGCAAAAAGUGUUUCUUGGUGAAUUCCCAUAUUAUUUCGAAAUUUCGCUGGGUGUUAUUUUUGGUGCAUGUUGAGUAGUGGUUAUUCUUCAUUUCCAUUGCAACUAAACAAGAACUACUGUUCAGAAAUGAGAAAUUUUCUGUAAUCUAAUAUUCAAGUGGCUUCCGACUCUUCCUCAUUAACAAUCUAAAAAGUCUGAACUAAAAUCAUUCAUGUCAAUUGGAGCUUAAUACAAAUACUGUACUGAUCCUAGCAAAGUGUAAAAAUGUGAUAUUCCGCAUUAUAUCAUCGACGGGAAGAAAAACUUGGCACAGAAAUUGUUCUUCUUAUUCUUUUAUACUUGCUGUGUUGCUGCUGUGCAUACCUUCCAGGCGCAGCCAGACUGCUACUCAUAGAAUGAAGUAGCACAUCGACGGUCAGUAUGAUACAAAUGAAGUAAAGAUGAUAUGAUAAGCGAGAUCGUAAAAAUCGUCACUGUCCUGAAAGUUGACGUGUUAUUAUUUGAGCACAAGCAAGUGAAUGAAUAUCGAUUAAUGGAAAGUAGUAGAAUUUAGGGACAGUUUCAGCUUAGCAUCGUAAACUAAUUCGAAGGCUACAUUAAAAAUUCAAUCCGUUGAAAACUUUAACGAUGGCCAAGAAGAUACCAUUCAAAGUGGUGUUUGCCUCAGAUGAGGACUCUGAGUAUCCUGCUAGUGAGUUGAACAGUCACAGCCCGACGGUGCACGGAUGGCGUUCGAAUCUCACCAGCCCGGUGUCACCAAAAGAAAUUGUUUUGCGAUUCUUCAACCCAGCCCGGAUAGUGCGAAUACAGGUGCUGGCACAUCAGUACUAUAUUCCGGAACGCAUCGAGUUGUGGUUACACUAUUCAUCGAAGAGUGCGCCAAGUACUCCGUCCAGUCAGAGCUUUGAUUAUAUGGGCUUCGUGGCGCUGUCCGAUAACUCGAGUACCAAUUAUGCUUCUCGUGAGCUGCAAAGUGUUACGGUCGCACCAAAAGUAGGUUCGCAUUUGAAACUGCGACUGGGACCUCCGUUUCAGAAUAGGUUCAACGAAAAUAAUCAAGUGGCACUGCUCGCUAUAAACAUUCUGGGCGAAGAACUAUCGAAUGAGGAGUUAGCGUCGAUUCAGUCCAACUCAGCGCUUCUCAAUGUUACGCCAACGAACGUUGAAACACUUACCAAUACACUAGCUUCGGCAUGUGACGAUUUAUCGUACUCGAUGUAUGUAGAGGAGAGUAUCUGUGAUGUAGUACGAAAGAUGGAAACAUUGAAGCUGCAAGCUGUGCAAGAUGAACGUUUCGAAUAUGCACGGAAACUGAAACUAUGCAUGACAGCAUUGCGAACAGCAGGUGAACGGCUUGGUCGGUAUGCUCUAGCGAAACGUCAAGCAGUUCAGCAGGAAGACUUCAGUACAGCUCGUCUCCGCAAAGAGCAAAUCGAAAUGUAUAGGAAAGCCGUUUUCGAUCAAUUGAAGGUAGACACUCUCCUACAGAAUGAUAAGAGUAUGACAAGUAACGAUUCCUGUUCGGAAUUGUAUGCAUCUAAACCGACGCUGCCUUCACCUCCCAGCUUACAAGAUGUAGCAAGUGCUUUAUCCGAGAGUUCCUUGCCAAUCAUGGCAGAGGUAGCUGUUAAACAACAAUCGUUAUUAGAUACGAUCGAUUCGAUGACCACUAGUUCAGCCGCUUCUACUUCAGCACUGAGUAAAACAGUGGAGGUGCCAACCUGUAAGUCUCAGCAUAACCUUACCAGACCUGAAGAUAUUCCGAACUCGCCUCUGUUGAGCCACAAGGGGCGCAGCCCAAUGCGUUCGCCUACCAAUACGGGCUCGUUGCGUCGCCGCAACAAAAGCGCUCCUCGCAACAGCUACGAAGACUACGAUGAACGAGCGAUCUCUACUUUAAGGCAUUCCCAUACGAACGAUUUCUUGAGAGAAUGCCAGGGAACAGCAAUGAUUGAAAGCGAAUCAGGAAAGGUGCGUUCAAAGUUAAACGAUCGAGAGAAACGACAGGCUGCUCUACCAAUCUUAAUUUUCGGGAUGGAACUGGUGGAGUUGAUCUAUUCGCGACAGUUCACUGAUCGUGAAGAAGGACUUGUGAGACUUCGAAGUAUUCUGAAGCGUGACGGCGAGGACGUUCACUCGACGGGUCCCGGUAAGAUAUGCCGAAGUGCUACCCUGUUGCUUCAUCGUGGUGUCCGGGAUGCGGUGUUUUCCGUAUUUAGUCAAGCGACUGAAACCGUAAGGGUAUUAUUCAUGGAAUUUGUGCCAAACCGUGUUUCGCCUAGCGAAGUUUCUCGAUCGGUUGAUCGACUUUUACCGGAGUUGUUAUCUAAAAGUGGGGACCCAUCGGCUAGGGUACAUACGCUAGCUCAACAUACGAUUUUGAGUAUCGCGGCAUGUCAAGAGGUAAGAGAUCAACAUCUGAUCGCUCCAGCCUUGUCCAGGCCAGUUGGAAGCGGAACGCAUCCACGUUUGGCUCUCAGCCGUAUGCAGAUGUUGGAACAGUUAGUUCUUAGUCAAGGAAUCUCCAGCGAUAAACAGAGUGGUUUGGCAUGUAGGACACUGUCCGAAUCGGGGUGCUCUGGAAUUCAUCAUCCAGCGGAAUCGGUUAGAAAGGUUGCCGAACGUGUGCUUCUCUUAGUUUAUAAGGUAAAUCCUAGGUUGGUGAGGAAGCAGUUGCCUCCAGAUGAUGAUAUUACUCGAAGAAACCUACUUUACAGACAACUGUUUACGGAGUUUGAUAAAAUAGAUCUACAGCGAAAAAAAGAAAUGUUAGAAAGCAAACAAUUCAGCGGACCGACAACGUUCGCAGGCAUUUGCUCUCCACCAAUGUCGAACAGCUCGAAGAAUUCACCACCGGUAGAAAUUCGUAGUCGAGGGCUACGACAUGACAGUGCAGGAGGAGGCGGGCGAUCGAUUGUCAGUUUUUCCGACGGUAUUCACUCUAGUUGGCAAUCAGAACUCAGUUCAUUGAAAUUGCAGGAUUCCAACUCUAGUCCGGUACGACGUCCAGAUUCGGCCGGAAUCAUCAAAAGCAAAAGUGGUCACGCAAUUGGUCACCAUCAUCACUGGUCUGGCGAAGAUAGGUUCGAAAGUUCCUACUACGAGAAGCCGGACUGCAACGGGAAGGAUUUGGAUGGGAAAAUGAAGCAAACUUUGAGUCAACCGAAAACAAUGAUUUAUGACAGUAUUACAGGAUUCAUGGGCUCGGAAAAUGGCGGCGCUAGUUCGAGGAAGAGUUCGAACUCGGAUUCGUUUGAGGGAAGCGAUAAUGAGAUACGUUGUCCAUUUUGUGACUGGAUUUGUCACGGUGAUCCUACUCAGCUAGAUAAGCACUAUUGGAAGUCUUGCCCAGUGCUGACUAAGUGCCCACAGUGCAGUCAGAUACUGGAGGUAGCGGCAUUGACACCUCACUUAAUUAACGAAUGCGAAGCAAAAACUAGCUACGUGACCUGCGAACGUUGUACGGAGUCGGUUCAUAAAGAUCUGUACGAAUAUCAUAUGAUGGAGGACUUUUGCCGAGAACUAACAACUGGAGCCGCUCGGUGCCCACUAUGCCAUGACGAUGUGUUGUUGCCUUUGGACGGAGGAUGGAAACGUCAUCUGCUCAGCCGUUCGGGCUGUUUGGGAAAUUCUCGUAGGCGUGCUAAAGUUUAAGGAAGAAAAAGUGCAAACACAGACACUUAAUGGCCAAUAGCAAGAAAAUGAAACUAGUAACGCUUUUAAAUGUUUUACUCGGUAUCAUUCAUGAUUACAGAAGUGGCAAAUAGAUAGAGUUCUUUUCUAAAAUUUUCAAAACAAAAAAUCAAACAGCACCGACACACAAAUGCAACUUUUAGCUCACUGUUACGCAUCUAGAAGUGAAUAGUCUCAUCGAAAAAUGGCAACUACAUUUUCUCUAGAUUUUUUGAUAGUAAAACUUUUGACUAAUCAAGCCAGCAGAGCUGUUAUAAACGAUCUCAGCUGAAAUAGUAGUAACUGUUAGUGCAAUGAUUAACCUAAUCGAGUCUUAACAAGAAAUUUUAACAAAUCGAACAUUUGUAAACUAAAGACAAUUUGAUGUAUAGCUUACGUUUUGUUAAGUAGGAUUUUUAUUAUUACAUAUUUUCGUAAUUAGUGAUGGUCCCUCCUUAGCGAAAACACCGACAAAUAUAGCUGUCCACAAAGCGAAACCAUGAAAGUAUUUCCCGUCCUUACCAAAUAAUUAAAAUAAAAGUAAUCUUUUCAAAGUACGCAA